GAGUGGAUGUACCAACUGGACACACCUCUACAGUACGGAUAGCCUGAGAACGACUCGUUUAGAUAACUCGACACCUUCGCAGUACUCUCACAGCAGCAUCAUGACCAGGAAGGUGUUCACCAACACCCGGGAACGCUGGCGCCAGCACAACGUCAACACCGCCUUCGCCGAGCUCCGCAAGCUCAUCCCCACCCACCCCCCCGAGAAGAAGCUGAGCAAGAACGAGAUCCUGCGCCUGGCCAUGCGCUACAUCAACUUCCUGGUGCAGUUGCUGGAGAGCCAGGGCGGCCAGCCGGCCUCCCACUCCCCCAACGCCCUGCUCACCUUCCUCAGGGGCAACGUGGAGCGCCUGCAUGCCUCCUCCCGGCCCUGGGGCCUGGGCCUGGCCAGCGACACGGACGCCCCCUCUCCUGGAUCCAGCUGUGACAGCUCCGAGGCCUGGUAG